AAAUUUUCAUUUUUGACACAUGAAAGUGAAAAUUUUAUGAUGAAAAAUUGUGAAAAUUUUGUGCUUUUUGUUUUUUAUAAAAAAGUUAUUAAAAAAAAUUAAAUUCUUGUUUUUAGAGUGAAAAAAAAAUCGAAAACGCCAACGUAAAUGAAAUGCCGGAAAAUGUACAAAAAGAAAACUUUAUUUUCUUUGAUUAUUCAAACAGAACGCGCUUCUUAUAUGUGGUGGAUAUUGUAUUUUUAUGCAUUUACAUAUGUACAAAAACCUUUUUUUCAUAUCUAAGAUUAUGUGGUUACUAAUGCCAAUAACAGUUUAACGGUAAAUAAUGGUGAAUGAAAAUGUUUUAUAAUUUUUUUUUCUUUCCUUUGUUUGUUUGCUUGUUUAUUCUCCGGAUAACAGAGUUAUGUAAGAAAAAAACAACAUUCUAAAAUAAAAUUUGAUUGAUGAAAAAUACUUUAGUAACAAAUAUUUUAAAAAACAACAACACUGCAACAAAAAAAAAAAUGGAGAAAAUUGAAUCAUAAAAAGAAAAAAAAACAAAAGAAGAAGAAGAGCAAGGCAAUAAAAAAAUCUCUAAAGGAAAUGAAGGCACACAUAAAAUCUUUUUAUUAAUAAUUAUGCAGCAAGAUACUAACAAACAAUAUGAUGCAAACUUCAUCUAGAAUUAACGUAAUUAUAUAAAUAUAUAAAAUAAAAGAAUUCGAAAUAAACUUUAAAGAAAAUUUGGCAAUUGAAAAGCUGUACGAGUCAAAAUAAUCUUCACAAUUUACCAUAAUACUAAAACGAUCUCAAAAAAAUAGAGAGCAAUUAAUUUUGUUCUCUAUAACUACAACACAAGCAAACAAUUUUGUAAUAUUUGCCGAUGUUAUCUGCUGUUGAAACAUUUGGCCCAGCAGCUGCAUCCGCAACAAAUGCAUACGCAGCCGCCGCAGCUCAACAACAUCAGCACCAUACAAGCCACCAUCACCUUCAACAUCAACAUCAUCAUCAUCAAUUAGCUCAUCAUAAUCCGUUUGCACUGGCAGCAGCAGCAGCCGCGGCGGCAUCGGUAGUAAUGCCUCCAACACAAGGACAAACUGAAACAAAUCAACUAAGUUUAGAUCAUUAUUCGAUUGCUGGACAUGGUCCUUUGCUGACACAUCAUCCACAUUUAAAUUCACACCCACAUCAUUUGAGUCAUUUGAAUCACUUAACACAUCCAAGUGGUAUUUACUUAUCUUCAUUACCAUCUGUUAUUCCACCUUCAACAACAGCCGCCGUUACCUCAUCAAUGAGUUUCUUACACCAACAGCAACAGCAUCAAUCGGUUACAACAUCAACCCUGUUACAAUCGCCAUCUUUAUCUUCUUCUGUUUCUUAUUCAAAUUCUUCAAUUAAUUCAACUAUAUCACCGUGUUCAUCACCAGCAAAGUCGCCUUCUUCUUCGACAAUACGUUCAAACAAAGACUCUAUUAACGCUAGUAGUGUAAUAAACAACAACAAUAGUCAAAAUAAUUUAACGAUUGAUAGUAAAAAAACAUCUUCUGCUAUGUCUAUUACUGAGUUUGCCAGACCACACCCAAAACAACCUCGUUAUAGCAAUGCCUCUAAUGGCAUUAAUAUUAAUAGUAAUCUAAAUAGUAACAACAAUAACAUUAGUAAUAGUUCUUCUAAUAAUAAUAGUACAAUUGGAAGUAAUGGAAUUCCUCUACUUGGGCGAAAAAUUUCAUCCCCAUUGUCUGAAACCGUUAAUGGUUCCAGAAAUUCUUUGUCAAAAUACUCAAACGAACCGCCACAAACUGGGCCAGUUAAUCUUGUCACAAAUAAUAAUAACAACUCUAAUUCUAGAGACUAUAGCAAAGGCUUCAACAAAGAAACGAAUAAUAAUAAUCGUAUAACACCACCUACUGCAAUAUCUGAUUUAGAUUUAAAAAAGACUUCAGUCUCAGCUGCUGAUAUCACAUCGUCGAAUGAAAUAAAAGACAACUUAUGUACAAUGACAAACAGUUAUUAUUCACAAAAAAUACAAUUCACGCCACCACCACCAACAUUGGCUGCCGCAUAUCAAUUUAAUUAUCCACAUUUGUAUGCCAGAGGAGGAUUAUAUGGAACUUCAGCUCUCUAUUCAGGUCAUCACUCACCAUUAAAUGGACGCAACAGAUCUCCAGCAUUUUUAAAUUCUGCUCAUCCUGAUUUACAACCGUUUUCACCUUAUAUAUCACCGACAGUAGUUUAUAGUCCGCCUAACUCAAAUACGUCAACAACACACGUUGCAACCAAUGCUGUAUCAACCUCAUUAAUACCACAACAGCCUGUAUCAUCAUCAUUGGCGAUAACAAAUUCAGCAAAUAUGAAUUUGACCAAUGAAAACCUACCCAAGUCACCAUCUCAACAACAAAUGCCAUUGCAAUUACCUUUGUCACCAUCACAACAAAAUUCACCAAAUUCACAGCAACAAUUAUUACCACCAUCUUCAUCAUCACAAAAUUUUAUGCAACAAUCAUCUUCAUUGCCACAGUCAAAUUUUAUUACUGCUGUUGAGCAACAACGAGCUUUGCUUGGACAAAAUAGCUCACAACAUCACCAAACAUCCUAUUAUCAUCCAUAUCACCAAACAGAUAAAAACGGGGGAAGUGGAUUGAAAUUAUCUACAAAUAAUAAUAACUCCAAUGAUAAAAAGUCGCACCAGAGUAAUAAUGAUGGUGCAAGUUUUAAAGUGCCAUCUGGUAAAGAAGGAUCUCUUAAGCAUAGAUUUUUGACUAGACCAAAAUCUGAUCGUGAUUUGAGAAGACGUUCACCAAAUUCAGUAAACAGAAGCCCAAACAACAGUAGUGGAAACCAUUCACCAAGUAACUUUACAAAAGGGUCUUAUAUUGAGUUGGCUAAUGGAUUAUUACGUCGCGUUGAAGAUAUGAGAACUGAAGAUUUUUUAAAUUCAGCUGAAAAGUCUGAGCGUCACCAAAUAAUUGAUUCCACUGUUGUAAAAAUUUCAAAUACUCUAAAUAGUGUAAUUAUUACAUUUAGUUACGAUAAAAAUCGAUCUAAGGCUGAUAUAGACGUUUCUCAAGAGCAUCCGUUUUUUGUAUAUGGUCAAGGAUGGGCAUCGUGCAAUCCCGAUUUAUCUCUCCAAAAUUUUGGUUUAAAAUGCAAACGUUUACAAGUCGGUGACGUUUGUAUAUCGUUAAUUGAAACUUCAAGUCCAACAACAUCAUCGUAUUCGUCGUCAUCUUCGCUGUCUUCCCUUUCCACAUUAUCAGCAGGAAAAAAUCCAAGCAGCUCUUCAUGUAGUAGCUCUUGUUCUUCAGAUUCUUGUAUAACAAAUUCACCGUCAGCAUCCCCAAUUAUUGACGUAACAACGGUUGUGCCUCAAAAUUUAACCACAACUAGUGCAUCAGUAACACGCCCUACUAUUGAAUUAAAUACUGCAAUAGACAUAAAACAUCAAGAAUCCCAGUAUAAUCAUAAUGCAUUGCAGCAAAUGUCUUCAUAUGAUGCCCACAAUAAUUUACAACAGACACAUUAUAACCAACAUCAAACAAAAUUAACGUCAUACGAUGAAACGAUCUCGAAGCAUCAAGCUAACAAUAAUAAUAAUCAAAGCGAAAGUAAUAAAAAUAAUAAUAAAAAUAGUAAUAAUGAUAAUGGUAAUAUUUCAAACAAUGCUUCUUUACAUUUAAAAAACGAAUUAAAUAACAAUAAUAGUGAUCGUGAUAUAGUAAAUAAUCAACAUCAUCAUAAUCAGCUAUCGCCACACCAUCAAAAUUUAGACAGUUCUCAUCGUCUAACUGGAAAACAUUCAAGUCAUUCUGAUAGUCAUUAUUUAAUACCAUCAGCACUACAACCACCACCUCUACCAUUACAAUCGCCAAUCGUUACUCUACCACAUCAACAACAACAGAUUAAGUCAACGGCAACAAAAAAUGUUGAAUUUACAUUUUCUUCAAGACCAAUUCAUCAUCAGCAUUUGCACUUACAGCAACAGGAACAACCAUUUUAUUUAGGUAAAUCAGCAACAUUUCCUCCAAUUUCUCGUAGUGCUUCACCACCAUCCCAAUCCGUGUUUAAUCAUCAUCAUUGUCAACAGCAAAAAGCUUUAGAAUCCCAUAAUAUACCAACAUAUGACCCCGAAAUCACUAUAUCACGUAAAAGGAGAUGGUCGGCACCUGAAGAUAAAUGCGGGGAUGACAACGGUAACAAAAUUGAAAACAAUAACGGAGAACGUCGAAAAAAAUUUAAUGCAUACGAAACAAAUAAUAAUCUGAACAGUGAAAAUGACAAUUGACUGCCAAAUCAAAAAUGAAAUAUAAAAAACAGAAAAAAAUUGCUGUCACAAUAGCUUUUUUAGUUCAAUAAAAUAUUACAAAAAAGUUAAUAUAAAUAAUGCAAAAAAAUGUUUGUAUGUAUAUCUGUAUAUUUAUAUAUACAUAUACAAAUAUUAAAUAUAUUUACAAAUUUAAUCAAAAACUAAAAUUAUAAAACUUUUAGGUUAGGUGUUAAAUUGUUUAACAUAUUGUUAAAAAAAUUAUAUAGUAGAAGCAUACAAAAAAUGUUUAAGGACGAUGUGCAUUUUAAGGUUUCAAAAUAAUAAAAAAAAUAUAAGAGAAGAAAAAUUAAAUUAUACUUGUGCAAAACAAAUUUACAAAUUAUUAAUACAUUUUUUAAAUUUUAAUAAUGUUUUAACAAACAAAAUGUAAGAAAAUUGGGAAAAUAAUAUUUUCAUAGAAAAAUAUAAACAUGAAUAAAAAAUAAAAUUUAGAAUCAAUUAAAACUGUAUAUAUCAAUAAGGAAUAAUACAAUAAAUUUAUAUUAUAAAAAUUGUAAAAAUUGAUACAAAAGAAAAAUUUCAAAAUAUUUCUAAUACAAAUUGUACAAAAGAAAAAACAAUUCUUAAAAAUAAAUAACAAAUUCUACGUAAAUUGUAAAAUCAAAGCAAAUUUACAUAUGUAUAUUAAACAUCAAAUGAAAAAAAAUCUUUUUAAUAUUGUAAAAUGUUCUUCCUCCUUAGAAAAAACUCUUUUAUCUGAAAUUGGAAAUGGAAAUUGUAAAAAGUAAUCAAAGGAAUUCUUAAUUUUGAUUUUUCUUGUUGAUUUACACUUGAGUUUGGUUAGCAAACGAACACUCUCUUUGUGCAAUCCGUGCGGAAAAUUAGAUUUCGAAUUCCAAAAUUUAGUUAUUUCGCUUAACGAAUGACUAAAAAUUACAUUCAUAUGUAUGUAUAUAACAAACGCCAUAAUUAAAUGUUAUUGUAUUUUUGGAUUAAAAUUAUUUCUUUUAUAGCCCUAUAUAAAUUUUUGUGUAAAUACGUGUAGAAACAUACUAAUAUAUGCGAUUUCUGUGUUUUACAUCUGCUCGGAGCUCUUUCGAGCACUCUGAAAAACAACAUGAAAAAUUUCUAUUGUGAAAAUUAAACUUCGCGUAUUCCAUCACAACACUUAAUUAUUAAUAGGCAUCAAGGGAAAAACUCUUGAUUAUUUAAUGUUCACCGAACACAACAUUAAAAUGGUCAUUCCUAGAUUCAUACUAACAAGCAAAAAAUGCAAACCUUCUUUAAAUUUUUGGCACUUAAAACAAAUCAACUUAAUAAAUUAAAUUUGCAAAAGUACACAAAUGACGCUACUUCUUAGAUCCAAUACAACAAUAUUAAAUUUAAAAAUUUUUUUAAAAGACUGUGAGUCUGUGGUGAUAACUUUUACCAAACUUAAAUUGAAUUGGUAUCACUUUUACAUUUGAUAUCAGUAAAUGCUUCAAUACUUUGUUCUAAAAUAUGAAAUAUUAUUAAUUAGAUUUGAACUUUACAUUCUACUUUUGAUAUUUCUGAGAAAGUCAAUUUCCAUUUCAUGCAAUUUUAUCUUCAAUAAUUUCACUUUUUUAAAGUCCUUUUAAAGAAAUUAUGGUUGCAAAAUCAGUCGUAAAUCAAUUAAAUCUUAUG